AAGAAGAAUGAAAAGAAGAAGAAGAAUGAAAAGAAGAAGAAGAAAGAAUGAAAAGAAGAAGAAGAAGAAUGAAAGGAGAAGAAGAAUGAAAAGAAGAAGAAGAAGAAUGAAAAGAAUGAAGAAGAAUGAAAAGAAGAAGUAUUUCCAGUACAGCAAAAAGUGUAUCUGCAGAGUAGCUCCGCUAUUUCUGACAGUUCUCUGACAGUUCCUUCACAUUUUACAGCGGUUGAAACAUUGUAUCUAUUUAUUUUCCGAAUAAAAACAUCUGUAUCCUAAAUGGAAACAAAUAGAUACAAUGUUUCAACCGCUGUAAAUGAACUGUCAAAACUGUCAGAAAUAGUCGGAGCUCUCUGCAGUGACACUUUGCCGGCUGUAGCUGAUCGGGAAAAAUUCGAUUCGUGCACCCGAAAUUGGCUAA